UCCCAGACAUUCACGAUGAACACACGUUAUCGUAUCAUUCGUAAAGUGGGCUCGGGCGCUUAUGGCACGGUGUGCUCUGCAUUCGAUUUUCAAAACAAACGCCAUUGCGCCAUUAAAAAGAUUAGCCGAGUCUUUGACAAGCGAUUGAUCGCCAAACGGUGCUUGCGCGAAAUCAAACUGCUGCAACACUUUAAUGGUCAUCCCCACAUCAUCGAUCUCUUGGACAUGGAUAUUGUUGACACUGCCCACUUUAAUGACAUCUAUCUCGUCUUCAAUUGCAUGGAUGCAAGCCUUCACGAUGUCAUUCAUUCGGAACAACCACUCGAUCCUAUCCACGCGCAAUGGUUCCUUUACCAAAUGCUAUCUGGUUUAAAAUUUAUUCACGACGCCGAAGUCAUUCAUCGCGAUAUGAAGCCAGCCAAUAUUCUCGUGAAUCGCGAUUGCGAUUUAAAGAUUUGCGAUUUUGGGAUGGCACGAAGUUACAGGGAAACCGAUGAGACAGACACCAUGACAGAGUAUGUAACGACGCGAUGGUAUCGUGCACCGGAAGUAAUGAUCAGUCAUCAAAAUUACAGCAAACUCAUUGAUAUAUGGUCGGUAGGUUGCAUUUUUGGCGAAAUUUUGGGUCGCAAGGUCUUGUUCAAGGGACGCAGUUAUGUCGAUCAGCUUCACACCAUCCUCGCGAUGCUAGGUUUGCCUCGAGAUAUCUCGUUCUGGGAUCCUUCCGAUACCAUCGAGACCCAUUUACGUGGUCUGUGUACGGUCGAUGGUCAGCCGCCACCGGAACACGCUGUGGACUUUUCCACCUUGUUUCCUCAAUGUCCUCCGGAAGGGAUUGACCUUUUAGAAACCAUGCUGGACCUCGAUCCUUCACAUCGUAUCACGGCCGACGAGGCGUUGGAUCAUCCGUACCUUGGCAUUUUCGCGCAGUCGGCCGUACCAACGCCCAUGCCAAAGAUAUGCGAUUUCUCAUUUGAACAGGGCUAUGACGAGCAGGACCUUCGUCGCAUGAUUGCCAACGAGGUCAUAUUUUUCCGACUGCGUGCCAAAGCCCAGGAAACCAUGGGUAAUAUG